GAAAAUUCCCUUAAGUUGGCAUAAAUAUUCUUAUUUGUUCCUCAAAUUUGUCCAGGAUUGCCAAUAGAUGCAGACUAGAUUUUUAAGAAUUUGACAUCACAUUCUGACAUUGGUAGAGGAAGAAUAAACUGGAGACAUAGUAAUGCCAUGCGAUUAUUAUGACACAUAUAUCAGACACAUAUAUCAAGAAUGGCUGAAAAGUCUGGAUGUGGUGAAUUACAACAAUUGGUUCAAGAAGAGGAAUGUGAAGAACCAUUGAGUCAAGGUGGAGAAGCUACACCACCUUCCACACCAGCAAGAUCUCAUCAUCCAAGUAAAAAUGAUACACGUAAUUCUCAUAUAUCGCAACAAGUGUUGUGGGAAACAAAUAUACAAACAUCACCUAUUGUUAGUAAAGGAAGUUCUGGUCAAGCAACAAGUCAAGGAUCUAUGGUUUCUGGUCGAGCUGUGAAUCUUUCAAAUCAUAGUAAUCAAUCUCGAUUAAUGUAUAUGAAUGAAAAAGAAAAACAAAAACCACAUCGACCAGAAUUAUCAAAAAUUAAUCGUCAACAUAGAGCUAUGGCACCAUGCAAACAUCAUUGCUUUUUGUCAGAGGUUCCUGAUGUUCGACGUAUGGAACAAGCUUUAUUACAGCUUCUAGAAGAUUUUCAUAGUGGUAAUUUACGAGCAUUUGGAAAAGAUUGUAGCAUGGAACAAAUGACAGAAAUACGAGAACAACAAGAACAAUUAGCUAAACUUCAUUUUGAGUUAGGUCAACGACAAGGAAUUGGUGGAGAUCAAUCAGGUCUCAGACAUUCAAGUGCAAAUAUGGAUAAUUUAUUGGAAUGUUUGCAAGAACUUAGUGUUUGUAUUGAAAAAUUACAUAGCAAGUAAAUAUUUAUAAUAUACAUAUAUAAAAAUUUUAAACAAAAAUUUAAAUAGAAAUAUGAACAUCAAUAUGAUAUUAUAAAAAUAUGAAUAUUUUAUAGAAUAUUUUCAUAUUUUAAAAAUCUUUUAUAAUAUUGUUUUUAUAUAUAAUUGUAUAUUUAAUUUCUCAAAUAAUGAAAUCUUGAAUUU